UUUGCUUUGUUUUACCACAUAGAAAUGUGAGAAUGCAAUAGUAUUUAUUGCCUUGUUACUUUAAUAGUCGAGUAGUGUAUGCUAGCGAUUCGGCUACUGUUUCAAAGGCGACAUUCCGGAAGCUACGCAAGCAGACGGAGAUUUUCAAACUAAAAGAUCACGAUACAGUUUGUAAAACACUCGCAGUCUUAUCAAUCCGUGCAGCGAACUGAGCUAAACCGCGACGUAUAGGCGGCUUCACAGACAACAAAGCAGUGUAGUCCGGGAGUUAGCUGGAAAUUUCAAAGCUCUUGUUAUAGCGGACGUCGUCACAGUAGAAAAGGUGUAGGUUUUAUAUUAGCAUUAGGAAAUGGUCAAGUAGCUACUGUGAGCCAGUGUGACCUGCAGAGAAGCUCAUGCUUGAUAUCAACUUUUUAAAAGGGGAAACAACUUCAUCAGCUUUAUACUUUAUAGCUUCACCAUAGUAGACUGCUUGAACGAGUCUGCAGAUUCAUUUUAACAGAGAGAGCACGACAGCAUGAUGGCAUCCACCUGGAGCCGGUAUCACUUUCUAACUCAAAGGUUUUCCCUCGGUCUGCUGCUGUCUCUAGUUCUGACGUUGACAUGGCCCUUCACUGUCACAGGAAGUGCUAAAUUUCUCCCAGGGGAGGUCGGUGGAAAUGUGACUUUUCAGUGCCCUGUUGAAGAAAAGCACAUUGACUUUCUUUACCUCCAAAGAGGCAGUGACUUUGUUAAUGGCUAUUAUGGAUAUAAAGAACUACGAACAACGUGGAACAACACAAAGCUUGAUCGCAACACUUCAUCUGUGUUCAUGGAUAACCUAAAGGUCUCACACAGUGGGGAAUACACAUGUCACAUUCGGUACAGAAACGAGCAGCCUAUUGACAUCUCAAUAACCCUCAGUGUUACAGCAAAGUACAGCAGACCUGUAUUCAGUCCUCCAGUCUGCGACAAGGAAACCCAGAGUCAAAAUUGCCAGACAACAUGUACAUCAAAUAAUGGAUACCCAAAAUCCCGCAUGAUAAUUCAGGCUAUAGUUACCAGCACUAAUGAUACCAUCAGGCAGACAUGGGAACAUGUGAAGUCGGUCCAAUCCCCAAAUUCAAGUACAUUGCUGUAUAACAUUGCCACCACUGUGAGUUAUAACUGCUCGAACGGGGAGAUAAAGUUCAGCUGCUCCGUGGGUGACGUCACUUCAGAUGAGAUCUCAGUCUGUGCUCAUCAGAUACAAGACAGCACUGAUAUAGUAAUUGUAACAGCCAUUUUUAUACUGGUGGUGGUGGUGGUCAUGAUUGCAGGUGUUUUGUGCUGGAGAAGACAGACAGGAGGCAGUAUGAGGCUAGAGAGAGUAAAUACAAAUGAGGCGUAAGGUGGAAAUAUCACUUUGUGAAAAAAAUGGAGAAAAAGAAGCUGCUUGAGGGGUGAACCAGUGAAGGACAACAUUAAAUCAACGUUCAAGGAUCUAGAGCGACAGAUAUUGUCUCCUCAGUGUCAAUUACACACUGUGAUCAACUGGUUCCAUGCAAAAUAGGAAUAACCUCACCGGUCCUCGCCAAGAGUGAGUGACUAUCACCAGGAACUGCAUGCUAUUAACAUUUCACACUCGACACUUGUGACUUUUAAGCGUUUGAGGAAGUAUCAUAUCUUGGUCUUUUACUGGUGAAGCAAAGUGCGUCACUAAAGUGAGAAUGACUGACUUCACUAUGUAAAAGCAAAAAAACAGAGACUUUAUCAGCGGUGUGCGGUCAGGUUGUUGAAUACUGGAAAACUGUGACAGAAAUACCUCCUGACGCCAUGUGACGAAAGAUGAAAAACAAGAAGUUGGAGGAAUUAUAGAUAUGUAUGUUUGUAUUUGUAUACUAUGUAUAUGUGUACUUUGUUGUUACACCAACCGCUGCGGGAAGAACCUGGCACACUUGCUACAAUGGUCAUUUGUGGACUAUGAGUCAUUUAAAAAAAUACUGUCAUUGCUGCACUUUAAAAUCCCCUUCUGUACAUUCCUUCUGUAGCCAAUUUUUAAUGUUUUUUUCCCUAGAUUUUUAAACAACAGUGUAAAUACUAUAUAUUUUUUUAUUUUAAUAAACAAAAAAGAAAAGUCCACAGUCAUCUUAGUGUUGAUUUUUUUUUGGUUUUGUUUAUUUUUUUAAUAGAAUAGUACUACAUUGGGGUCAGAAAUAAUAACUGACAUAUACUGAAAAAAGUAUGGAUGAAGAAAAGGUGGAAUUCAGAACAUUUUGUGGACAUUAACUUGUCAAUUUUAAGCACAUUUUGUGUAUUGUGCAGUAAGUUCCAGUAUUUCCAGAUUUCCUUGUAAGGUGCAAUGUUGAAUACAAGGGAAAUGUGUUUUUUCUGUAUUUUAUUUAAAUGGCUGUUAAACGUUCCCUAAUUGGGGAUAUUGCGGUCUUCUCCACAAUUCUGAUGUUUUCUCAGGUGACUGUUCUCAGGUUAUCACAUGUAACCUUUUGUAUGCUAUUAAGCAUAAUAUUUAUUUCAGUCUAACUUUUACUUCCUUGAAGAUAUUUAUCGGUAAAAUGUUUGUGAUAUUUACAGUUUUUGGUAAGAGGAGCCAGUCUGUUAUUCCCCAUUCCCUGGAAUUACCAAAAAUUCUCUAAAGGGUGUUUUCAUUUCCUAAAUCUGCAUGAAACACUCUUGUUCGGUGCCUAAUUUAUCUUUUUUUUUUGUUUUUAGAAUUUCAAAUUCUGUCUGUAUCCCUUUUCAACCAAUAAAAGUUGUGUAAUUUAACUGAAGUUGUGGGAAGAGUUAAACUCCCGCUUCACUACACCUUAAAACCUCCAAGCUCAUCUUCAGCUGCAAUGUAGUCAACCUGCCACUAGAUGUAGUACGAGCACCACAAAAUUGACGUAUAUGAUUGCUUUUUCAAAUUUUUGUGUACUAGUGCGUUUGGAAAUGUUACUGAAAUACCUCAUGAUCCCAAGCACACUUGUCUUAAGAUAACCUUGUUUCACAGGCUAACUUCUUUCUGCCUAAGAGGGAAACAAUGUUUAAUGUGUAAUUAUAGCAGUGUCUGCACUUUCCUUCCCAGUGCAAGAAAGGUGUUGUAGGGUAGAUUGGACAUGCCAUGAAUAGUGUAAUUCCCUUACUAUUAAGUCUUUGAGAGAGGAGACACAAGUGAAUAUGGUGUACACAUCACACUGAACUGUCUUUUUGUAUAUACACCAAGUUUGUACCUACAGCACUGUGCAAAAGUUUUAGGCAGGUGUGGGGAAAAAAUGCUGGAAACAAAGAACACUUUCAGAAAUAUAAAUGAUUGUUUACUGGCCCCAAAUGUAUUCUGCAGCAGGACGACAACCCCAAUCAUACAGCCAAAGUCAUUAAGAACUAUCUUCAGCGUAAAGAAGAACAGGAAGUACUGGAAGUGAUCUCAACAUCAUCGAGUGUGUCUGGGAUUACACGAAGAGACAGAAGGAUGUGAGGAAGCCUACAUCCACAGAAGAUCUGUGGUUAGUUCUCCAAGAUGUUUAGAACAACCACCGGCCAAGUUUCUUCAAAAACUGUGUGCAAGUGUACCUAGAAGAAUGGAUGCUGGUCACACCAAAUACUGAUUUGAUUUAGAUUUCUCUUUUGUUCAUUCACUGCAUUGUGUUGAUUGAUGAAAAUAAACAAUUAAUACUGCCAUUUUGAAA